AUGCCUUCUUAUCUUAUCACCGGGACAUCGAGAGGCAUUGGAUGGGAGCUCCUACACCAACUAUCCAGUGAUCCAAGCAACAUAGUCUUCGGUCUUGUUCGAAACAAGCCUACCGUCGAAGCCCAGGUAUCUCAAGAAUGGCCAGAAAGGUCCAACGUCCAUAUUUUGCAGGGGGAUAUCACGGACUACAGCUCUCUUCAGUCUGCGGCUACUGAAGUAGCGGCAAUUACUGGCGGUGGACUCGAUUAUCUCAUCGCUAAUGCCGGUGCUGUAGCUCAUUUUGAUGCAUAUGAUCCUAUUGGAGUCCUGGGAGAGCAGCCUGAGGCUCUUGAGAGAGAGCUCAUGCAUCUUUUGCGAGUGAACAUUGUGGGAAACAUUCAUCUCUUCAAUGUGUUUGUUCCUCUCAUCCGCCAGGGCCAGGGAAAGAAAAUCAUCGCUAUCACUAGCGGCCAAGCGGCCCUAGACAUGAUUCCCAAGCUGAGCAUAGAGUUAUCGGCACUUUAUGCUAUUAGUAAAGCAGGCCUGAAUAUUGCCGUGGCCAAAUUCAGUGCGCAGUAUGAUAAGGAGGGUAUCCUCUUCAUGAGCGUCUGCCCAGGCCUGGUGGAUACCGGGCGCUACAAUAAAGCAAGUCCGGAGCAGGCAGAACGUGUGAAAAGUAUGAUGAAGUCCUUUGCCGAGUCUGCACCGGAUUUUAAAGGCCCUAGUACUACUGAAGCUUCUGUCAAGGACAUUCUCUCAGUUAUGAGCAAAGCAAGUGUGUCCAAUGGGGAUGGUGGCUCUUUCGUCUCGCAUUUCGGCAAUCAUCAAUGGCUGUAG